GAAAUCAUAUCUCCUACAAUAAAAUUCCAUCCUACCAAAUUUAAUGAUGAUAGUGGUAGUGAAGCCGAUACUUUAUUAGCCGAACUUAAAGUAGAAGAGAGUGGUAAUGGUAUUCCUUACCAAGUAGUAAAUAGCUAUUGGAAUCAAGUUCAAGUGGCUAUUGCGAG